UUUAAAAGUUGAACAACCAAAUUUAUAAUUUUGAAAGUUAAAAAACCUAAAUAGAUACAAAAUGUUUUUGAUGUUGGGCUUGGGUCCAAUUUUCUAGCUAAAUGGGCCAAGGAGUUUCGAAGUUAUCCAAGCCCAAUUCUGGAGUUCCAUGAACAGUUGAACAAACCGACAGUCUGGCACUUCCAACGUUCGAAAAUCUUCAAAUUUCAAGUGGCUAUUUUUAAACAACAAAACGAAACUGACAGUCCAAUCAAAUCCCCGAAGGACUUAUUUCCGCUCAUUCUCUUCCUUUGCCUCAAUAUUUUCAUCAAGAAUUUCACUCGCUUCAUCUUCAAAUGGAGAAUUCUGAUCAAGUAAUUUCAUCAUCAACUACAAGCAAUCCCUCCCUGUUCUCCAAAUCCGAUGAAAACGAUCAAAAUUAUCCUCCAUCCGUUGCCAAUUUGGAUCGGGGAAAACUAGGGGAAAUGGAAAAGGUGGUUAAGAAGAAGGUUUUAACUGAACGAAAUGAGGCCAUGGAUCCGAAAUUUACUGAGAAUUCGUCGUCGGAAAUCCCAAAAGUGGAUCCAAAACCCUCUUCUUGUCAAGUGGAUGUGUUUCAGACCACAUUGCCCUAUGAUCCAUUGACAAAUUACCUCUCUCCUCGACCUAGAUUUCUACGAUACAAACCAAAUAAACGACGGGAGAUCUUUUGGAGAAUUGUUGGCGAGGAUUCUUUUUCGGUUUCUCACACUUCAUCCUCGGAAGAAGAAGAAAGGAAAAUGAAAGAGGAGGAGCUUGAGGUGGAAAGUGAGGGGAAAUCUAAUGAAAUUGAUGAUGAAGGUGAGGGAGAUAAGGAGGAGGAGAACAGAGGUUGGACUGUGAAAGAGUUGUUGAAGUUUCUGCUUGUAGUCGCGAGUUUGAUUCUUUCUACCUUGUAUAUCACUUCCAUGAACUCGCCUUCACCUUCAUAUGAAGUUUCAGGGGCCUUCAGGUCUGGUUCUUUCCCAAUUUUGAAUCUCACAAGCGAGUUUGAGUCGAAUGCAGUGAUGGAAUCCAUUUUCGCAGAAGGAAGUAAUUUCUGCGAUGAAGAAGUAACUGAGGCUGCUUCAAUGAGGAAUUUUGAAUAUGUAAGCCAAUUGAACAGUCAAGAAGAUGCAGAAGACAGAGGUUUUAUUGAAGAAACUGAGAUAUUGAAUGGUGAGAUUGGAGGUGAUAAGACUGUAAGAGUUGAAUAUACUGAACUUGUUGAAGAAGCAAGAGAAAAACCACUAGCUGGGGGAAGUAUCACUGAGGAGAUGGCUGAAGGUGAAAAAAAUGGAGUGGAGUUGCUGAACUUUGAAGAUACUGGUGAUAGGGAAAAAGGAAAAGAAUCUGAAAUCUCAAAUACAACAUCUUGUGAAACAUCAGAAGAAGAUGAAACCGCUGAAGCUCCAAACGUCAAUGGAUUUGAUGAGGACAAGCUGUUAUCUAACAUUUUAACCGAGGUAGAUGAAAAGGAAGAAGGGGGAGAUUUGGAAAUGAUUGAAAGCAACACAGGGGAAUCUGAGAGUUUUGUGCUUGAGGCGGAUAAAAUCACCAUUUUGGAGGGGAUAAUCAACAACCUAUUCAGUUUUGGUGAAGAUUUGGAGAAACUGAAGUCUGAGCUUGUUGAGCUUAUGCACACUGAAACUGAGUCUGUGCUUAAGGCUGUACUUGGACUCACGGUAUCAUCUGUAAUGCUGACUUGUUUGGUCUUGUCUUUCCAACAUAAGAAAAAAAAAGAUGAUACAAAAGUACCAGCCAUUUCUGUGAGUGUAGAAGCGUUGCUGCAGGAUCCAGUUGCAAAAGCUGAGAAAGUUGUGACGAAGGAAUCACCUUCAAUUAAGGCCACUUUUGAUGUUCAUGGAUCAAAAAAUGAGCUUAUCAGGAAUGUUGAUUCUUUCAAAACACUCUCGCCUUCAAUUCAUUCAAGUGAUGAAAGGGAAAAUUUCAAAGAAAUGUACCACGUUGAAGCUCCAACAGUUCAGUUUCUUGGUGAGUUCGUAUUUGGAGAGAUCAACAAUUCUCUUAAGAACGAAAGUGGAUUGAAGAACUGGAUGAUUGAGGUUGAAGAUAGCAAUUUUCCUGGUUCAAUUGAAGAGAAACCAGUGAGCAAGAAUAUGAAUUCUGGACCCGAGCAAGCUUUGUCAGAGUUCUCUGCCACUACUUCUUCCCCAUCGUAUGGGAGCUUCACCACUAAAAAGAAGAUCGUAAAGAAAGAGGUGAGGAUAAUUUUAACCUGUGGGAGGAGAUGGUGAAGUAAAGUCAAUCCCAACCCCAGUGAGAAGAUCAACCAGAAUUCGAAACCGUAUGAUGUCGCCAUGAAACUUCAUUGCCAUUGCUUGCUCUUCUGCUUUUUUAACAUUACUUAUUAUAGGAACAGCACUCUCCGUUGUUCAUAUUUUUUGUUUAGAUCCACUCUAGUAUUCCUGAAAUCCAUCCUAGAUAGACUUCAUAACUGAUAGCCAUUUAGAUUAGCUUC